AUGCGGCCUCAACCUGCGACACCGCUCGCCGGGGCACCACCCGUGCUUGAGACUCGCCGUCUCGCCCCCCCCCCCCGCCACGCCCCGCCGUCUCUCCAACAUUGGGACACCACCGGUUCCCCCUCCAACGCCGCCUCCCUCAUCUCCGGCGACGGCGUUGGCCCCUCCCCGACGGAUCGGCACAACCCCAAGGCCCCCACGCCUCCACCUCCUCCGCCCCCGCCGUCGGACGAGGGAGCCGCAGCGUGGGCCCGACGCGCGGCCGCGCUGUCGCUGCUGGGGCUCACCGGCGCUGUCGCCGCCAGCACCGUCAACGACCUCUCCGUCUUUCUCUCCUGCUCCAGCCAGGCAAUGGAGAAGGCUACACAGAACAAGCAGGGAGCAAGCGCGAUGGGCGAGCCCAUCACGCGCGGUCCCUGGUACAGCACGUCCAUCGUCAUAAACCGUGCGAAGCGCUCCGUCUCCUGCACUUUCCCGGUGUCGGGGCCCGAAGGCGACGGGCUUCUCAAGUUCAAGGUUGUUCGUUUGGGAGGUGUGUACCGGUUGACAACCUGA